AUGCAAGCAGUAGUAAAACAUAUUAUACUAGUUACAGAAUCUGAAAAUUAUUUGUUAAUAGAAUUGAGAGAAAUACAAAGUGUUUUUCAGUUAUUAAGAGUAGAAGAUUUAGAGAUUUUGUAUGACGCGAGCGAAGCAGCGGUGAGUAAUAUACCAGAACCAGAAUUUUUGGAAGAAAUUGGAAACACGACUGUACCAGCAGGACGCAACAUCAAAUUAGCUUGCAGUGUCAAAGACCUUGGUACAUAUAAGAAUGCACAUGUUAUUUCUGAACUUCGCUUCGACUGUUACCUAUGGAGAAUUUAA